CAGGGUACCACCUAUCAGUGCUGUCAAUCAGUGCCACCUAUCAGUGCCAGUCAAUGCCGCCUAUCAGUGCCAGUCAGUGCCACCUAUCAGUGCCAGUCAGUGCCGCAUAUCAGUGCCAUCAGUGCCGCCUAUCAGUGCCAGUCAGUGCUGUCUAUCAGUGCUACCUAUAAGUGCCGCCUAUCAGUGCCAUAUAUGAGUGCUGCCUUUCAGUGCCCAUCAGUGAUGCCUGUCAUAGCCCAUCAGUGCCACCUACUAGUGCCUCCUUGUCAGUGCCCAUCAGUGCAGCCUAUCAGUGCCCAUCACUGCAGCCUCAUUAGUGCAUAUCAGUGAAGGAGAAAAAUCACUUAUUUACAACAUUUUAUAA